AUGAGGAAUGUUUGUAGGUUGAUUGAACUGUCUGAUUCACUGCCAUGUGAAAUCGGACAAUAUACAUUGUUCACAGUAGACACUAUCAAUAGUGUUGUCUACUUGGUAACAGACUCAAACACCUUUGUAGGAUAUAGUACAACUCUAAAGAAUGUCAAGGUACAAAUAGAGUUGAAUCAACAAGAUAUACUUAGUGAGGGCGCAAAGAUUGUUGCUGUCCAAUUCAUUCCUGAUCAAGAGUCUGUUUGCUUGGCAUCGACCAAGGGUGACAUACUCAUGUUUAAUGUUCAAUCAGGUCAGCUUGAGUGCGUUGGUAUCGUAGGAUCGGGUAUCAUGUGCAUGUCAUGGUCACCAGACUUUGAGUUGUUCAUAUUGGCAACAGAGUCUGAGACAUUGGUACAGAUGACAAAGGAUUGGGAUAUAUUGGGCGAGGUUGGCAUUCAUUCUCUGUUGCCUGGUGGCAAGCUUACGGCCAACAUCAUCACCAACUCCAAUCUGCCACAGUCUCAAUACUCAAAGGCUGCAUACGCGCCAUCAACAAUGGAUCCAACACAAGCAGCAACAACAACAUCAACAAAGGACGACAGCGUGACUACAACCAACAACAGAUACUUGACAGAGCCACCCUCAAUCAGCUGGCGUGGAGAUGGACAAUUCUUUGUCUGCAGCAGCUUUGAUGCAUCGUGCAAUCGUGUGAUGCUGCGCACUUGGGAGCGUGCGCUCGUUCUCCAUGCGAUCAGUGAGCCAUUGAUCACGGGCUUGGACAGCGGCGUCGCAUGGCGCCCAUCCGGCUCGCUCAUAGCCUGUUCCAACCACCUGCCCAACAAGCACGAGAUUGCCUUCUUCGAGAGGAAUGGCCUGAAGCAUGGCGAGUUCACCAUUCGCUCGCCCAACACCAAGGUGCGCGCCAUUGAGUGGUCGUCCGACUCGGAGCUCCUGGCGCUCCAGCUCGAGCUGGAGGGCGGCUCAUCGGUCGUGCAGGUAUGGCACCGCAGCAACUAUUAUUGGUUCUUGAAGCACGAGUUCACUUAUGCACAGGGCGACAAGGUGGCACGCAUUGCAUUCGACACAACAUCCAUCGCGUCCACUCUGCGCGUGGUUACCGCACUGGGUCAGUUCCACGAGCACCAGUUCGCUUGGGACUACAACUAUUCACUUGGCGAAGAUGCGGACAACCCCACCACCGUCGUUAUGAUCGAUGGCGCACAGCUCAAGAUGACGCCGUUCCGUCGUCUGGUCGUGCCCCCGCCCAUGUCGGCCUUCCAGGUCCAGCUCAGCGGCUCGUGCUCCGCAUUUGACUUUAGACAAGACUACGCGAUCGUCGUGAUCACUGGCAACAACAACAGCAUCGCGAUCUAUACUCCGGCGACCCUGCCCACGCUCAGCCCCGUGCCAUCAAGUGCACCCGUGCUGCCAAACUACAGCGUGGCACCCACACUCACAGCCCAGGGCGCAGUGCCCACGGCCGACAUUCGUCUCUCCCACCUUCGCCAUCUGACCUGCGUCCCAGGCAACUCUGGCCUCAUCCUUGUGGCUGUCGAUGGACUGUCUGCAGCACAGGACACAAUCGUCGAGAUCACAUUGAAGCAGGAUGGUGCCAGUCUCUCAAUCGCUCACAUGCACAGGACAGUCGCACCAGGUCGCGUCAUGCGACUCAUCAAACAACUGGGUAACAAUGAAACAGUUCUGUUUGAGACUGCGGACGGCGCCGUAUAUCACUAUCACCUCCAGCGUAGCUUUGCCACACCAGACACCAUCGCACCAUACAUCGACCACCAGUCUGACUCGGCCAUGCUCUUCCGCUUCCCCACACCCUGCCACUGGUUCUCUGCCACCAAGAUCGCCAACGAGGAAUGUCUCAUUGGCAUGAGCGAUCGCAACAAGCUCUACCUCAACAACGUUGUGUUGGCAUCAGAUUGUAACUCAUACGCCCUGCACAACAAGUACCUGCUGUACACUACCGUGUCCCAUGUACUACGCUCAAUUCCACUCACUGUCCCCCUGGCCGUCGCCACCUCUCUGCUCAACUCGCCAGUGUUACAGUCGGUUAACGCACAGCAAUUGAAUCAACAGCAACAGCCACAGCAGGCGAGAGGCGCCAGCGGCAACACUGGUGGCCCCAACAAGGCCCCUACAACAUACGACGACUCUGUGCGUGAUGUUGAGCGUGGUUCAAGGAUCGUUGCCGUCGUGCCACACGACACUCGCGUUGUACUGCAGAUGCCCAGAGGCAACUUGGAGGCCAUCGCGCCUCGUUCACUCACUCUUUCGACCAUCCGUGAGCUCUUGAAUGCACAUCAGUAUGGACAUGCAUUUGGCGUUAUGCGCCGCAACAGGAUCGACAUGAACUUCAUCUAUGACCACAACCCAACUGACUUUAUCAAGAACAUCGGUUUGUUUGUUGAGCUCGUCACUCAAAUCGAUUAUCUCAACCUGUUCAUCACAUCGUUGCGCGACGAGGACACGUCCAAGACGCUGUUCAUCGACCUGGAGAACCCGCCCCCACCCCCUCUCAAGACAGUGUCGGGAGUGGCCAAGACACUGGCCGAGACUGCUGGCAAGGUGAACCUGGUAUGUGACUGUCUGCGCAAGGAGUUCAUCGCUCGCGGAGAAGCACACUACAUCCAGCCCAUCCUCACGACCUACGUCAAGAAGUCGCCACCCGAGCUGGACGAGGUCCUGCGUCUGAUCCAAACACUGCGCGGUCGCCAGGAGACCAACGAGCACGGCGAGACCGUCGUCAACCGUCUGGCCGAGGAGUCGCUCGACUACAUCGUCUUCCUCGUCGACGUCAACAAGCUUUACAACAUUGCGUUGGGCACCUACGACUUUGACCUCGUGCUGAUGGUAGCUCAAAAGUCGCAGAAGGACCCCAAGGAGUACAUUGCCUUCCUUCAGGAGUUGCAGUCGAUGGAGAAGUACUACCAGCGCUACAUGAUCGACAAGUAUCUGGAGCGAUGGCCCAAGGCCCUCGCCAACCUGGCCAGUGCCGGCCCCGACCAUCUUGAUGAAUGUUUCGAGCUCAUGGUCCAAAAGUCAUUGUAUCACGAUGGCCUCAAAGUGUUUGCACAGCGCCCCGACGAGCUGAAGCGCGUCCAGGAACUCUACGGUGACUCAUUGAUGCAGAACAACAAGUUUGAGGACGCUUCAUACUUGUACUACUCGGCGGCCAACUAUCAAAAGGCCCUGGCCGCAUUCAAGGACGCCGGAAGGUGGAGGAUGGCACUCAUCCAGGCAAGGCUGCUGGCGUACACACCAGAGGAUACACAGCAACUGUGCCACGACAUGGCCGAUUCACUGCGUCGCUCGUCCAACUACUGCGAUGCGGCUGCACUCUACCUCGAGCAGUGCCACGAUCUGGACAACGCCCUGCAUUCACUGUGCGAGGGUGGUCUGUGGGUGGACGCAAUUAACAUGGCCAAGGAGCAGAUGCGCAACGACUUGAUCGACUCGAUCGUCGCGCCACUACUGUUGGAUGCCUUCAACAACAACAUGAAGGAGCUGGAGGAGAAUCACGAGACCUACCUCAAGCAUUACACGCGUCUGGGCGUUGUGCGUACCACCAAGCUCAACUACGUCCCACUGCGCAUGCUGGGCGGCCCCGGCUCGCAGUUCAACGACGAGACUGGCUCGAUGAUGAGUGGCAUGAGUGGCAUGUUCAGUGAGCAGUCGAUGGGCAGCAUGAACAGUGGCUCCACCACUCUGUCCUAUCGCUCGACAUACUCGUCGGCCACAGGCACCUUCUCGCAGGCCACCAAGCUGAGGAACAAGAAGAAGGACGCGUCAAAGAGGAAGGUCAACAAGGUGCGUGUCACAGGCAAGGAGGGCAGUCAGUACGAGGAGGAGUUCAUCGUGGAGGCCAUGCGCAAGAUGAUCCCAACAAGCUCGCAACAACAAGUCGUCGGCCAGGUGCUCCGUGGACUUGUCCUGUUGUCCUGGGCGGACAAGGCCGAGACACUACAAACACUUUACAAGCAGUAUCUCGAACUCGUUGCACAAUCCCUUGAGCUAUUGUCACAUUCAGCCACAGCAAUCCAACCAGACAACAUCAAAGAACAACAAAGAAUUCAAGAGUUGGAGUAUGCUCAAUUGAACAACAACAACAACAAUCAGAAUAAUACAACAACUACGACAACUGCGACAACAACUACAACUCAACCAAAUGUGAUGGAGAAGAUGACUAUCAACAAGAUAAAUGUCACGAUGGAGUCGACCAAGUGGCAAUUGGACAUCUUUUAA